AUGCCCGUUCACAUCCUCGGCCAGGUGUAUGAGCAGGGCAUUUCCUCUGUUCCAUAUGGCUGGACCCUCCUCAAAAUUGUCCCGGGAAUUGCGUUGAUAUACCUCCUGAAGUUUUACUUCAAUGGCGCGGUCAACACAUCGGAGCGCAAUAUGCACUCCAAGGUGGUCAUAAUGACAGGAGGAACAUCAGGCAUCGGCGCCGAAGUAGCAAAAGGCCUCGCGUCCCGCGGCGCCCAGAUUGUGUUACUCACCCAGCAUGCCCUUACCGACCCCUUCCUCGUCGAUUACAUCGAAGACCUGCGGUCGCAGACGGGCAACGAGCUCAUCACCGCCGAGCAAGUCGAUCUUGCGAGCUUGCACAGUAUACGGAAGUUCGCUACGAAAUGGGUGGAUAACGCACCCCCGCGGCGUCUGGACAUGGUCGUUCUGUGCGCAAACACACGGACACCUUCGGGUGGUUCAGCUUCUUUCACGGAGGACGGUCUAGAAGCGACAUGGGGCCUGAACUACAUGGCAAACUUCCACCUCCUCAGUAUCCUGAGCCCCGCGCUGCGAGCACAGCCUCCUGACCGAGAUGUCCGCGUCAUUUUCGGGACAUGUAGUUCGUACCUAGGCGGCGUAUUGCCCGUCUCCGGCACCGAAGAUUCAAAGAAAGGCAAAAAGGAAAAGUUAGAAGCCGUUCCAUUCACACCCAGCACCGCCUACGCUACGUCCAAACUCGCCCUCAUGACCUUCGCCCUCGCCUUCCAAAAGCAUCUCUCCUCCUACGCUCGCCCGGACAAGAACCCUGUGAAUUCGCGCGUCAUCCUCGUCGACCCGGGCUGGACGCGUACACCGGGCAUGCGCCGCUUCCUCACCUUGGGCAGCUUGUGGGGUCUUUUUGUGUACAUGGUUACGUGGCCGCUAUGGUGGUUGUUUCUAAAGAGUUCCGAUCAAGGCGCGCAGACGUUCUUGUAUGCGGCCAUGGAGGCGCAGUAUGGCCGGGGCGAGGGAGGAUGGUUCCUGAAGGAGUGUAGACAAAUGGGAAUUCUGAAGGACGAGGUCAAGGAUGAGACGCUGCAGAAGAAGCUUUGGGAGGUCAGUGAGGAGAGUAUAAAGGUAUUGGAGCAGGAGGGUGCGAAAAGGAGGGCUGCCGAGAAGAAGAGCGAGCCCAAGGCGAAGGAGAAUGGAGCGGAGAAAAAGGCAGAGACGAAGACGACGGCGACGAAAGAGAAUGGGGCGGCGAAGCAGCGGAAAGGGAAAUAG